CGAGAUGUGGGCGUAUUUCACGCCAAUAAUAUACCUAGCACUUAUACCACUAAUACGGGCAUUCCCAAAGAUAGAUUAUGAUUCGCUGGGGACUGUAUCUCUCCUCGGCUCGUUCGCUGGAAUUGACGAUAUCUCAAAUUCAUCAAAACCACGAGAAAGCUACGACAACACGACAUAUACACUUAUUUCACGACCUAGUAAUGCAUCUGAAUGGACAUCUCUAGGGUCGACCAACCCCUUUGCGCAUAUAAAUGCUGCCUGCACAAUCGACGACAUGACCUUCGCAGGAGGUGAUUUCGGCACUAUUGAUGGUCAAGAAAUUAAUACUUUCGGUGUCCACACUCAACAAGAUGGCUGGCAAGCAUUGGGCGGUGUUCAAGGUGUUAUAAAUGCUCUUUAUUGUGAUCCCUCAAAUUCACAAGUUUGGGUAGGCGGUGCCUUUGAUGCCCUCGGAGAUGACAUGGGAGAUAACAUUGCAAUCUGGAAUGUGUUAGAAGAACACUGGCAACCAUCCGCCGUCUACGGUUUGAACAAUGCUGUACAUGCCUUCUCGCUCUCAGGAGAUCAGCUAUUUAUUACUGGAAACUUCACAUCUACAUUUAAGCAAGCAGACGACAAUAUCUAUCCGCAAGCUUUGGACAGAAUUGUAGACGCCCUUCAACCAAUACCAAUUGAAAAUGCUGACAUUACUGGAUCUAAAGGAUCAGAUAACCCGAAUUUCUCUGAUAUCAAGAAUUUAGCAUGUAUUGGUGGAAACUCGUUCAAUACGCCUGAUGGAACGAAUGGUGUUAUGUAUGUUGAGUGGUUCAAUUCACAUGAGGUUUCAGGUUUCCGCUUGGCAAAUACUGUCAAUGAGGGUCAUUCGUUGACUGGAUUUACGAUCACAAGUUUACCAGAUAAUCAAGCGAUUCCAUUAAUUUACAACGAUGUCGACUCACCUACAACAAAUACCACAUGCGAAAAUGAAUGUCCUAUACCUCCUGCAUAUGAGAGGGAAUUCAAUGAUUACAUGAUACCAGGUGGCUCACGCAAACUUAAUGGAUUCGCAAUCAACAUGAUCGAUUGGGAAGGUGCUGGUCCCGGUUUAAGAUCAGUCGAAGUAUUUGGCGCCGGAAGUGUCGCCAAUGCUAUUAACGAUUUCAAUGAUCUUCAGAAAGGAUGCUAUUCAAAUGGGGAACUCUCAAAUGUAACAACCACUGGAGAUUGGAAGAGCGUCAACCCAUCUUCUGAAUCUUCUAAUAGAGUUCUCUCAACGCAAGUUGAUGAUGUCGAUCAAGUUCCUUCUAUUACUUUUAAACCACAUGUUGGUCAACGUGGUCUAUACGAAAUUCACAUUUCAAUUCCUGGUUGUGCAGGAUUGAAAGAUUGUGAAAGCAGAAGUGCUAUCGAUAUUGAAAUGCAGCUAACGGAGAGAGGUCCUUAUAUCAAUGAUACGAUUACUAAUAUUAGUGAAAAUGACGUUUCCUUGCCAAUCUUUAGGGGCAUAGUAGACGGAUCAUCUGACACAUUUGAGACAAACAUCACUGUAAAACCGAUUGAAAUCGAAGAAGGGAAAACUGUCGCCUUGCAGCAAGUUUCUUUACACCUUCUUGAAGUCCUGCCCGAUGAGAUUGCCAUCGGAGGUUUGGCCUACAAUAUGACGUCCGGUCAAACGUUCGAUGCUAGCUCUGAUAGGGUUCUAUCGGAGCAGAGUUAUUUAGACAGAGCACUCGUCUCUUUAGGUGACACCCUCGGUAUCCAAUUCAGAGAAGGUGAACAAGAUUUGAAUUAUGUCAAGACAAUUGUUAGCCACGAAUCGAAUAUUUUCAUUGGUGGAAAAUUCGUUGGAUUUAACGAUACUGUGAACAACAUCACAAAUGUUGCACUUUUCAAUGAUAGACUUCAUCCUCUUCCAGAAGGUGGUUUGAACGGUAAUGUCAAUAAAUUGGUUAUCGUCGAUGACGAGCUCUAUAUCGCAGGAAAUUUCAGUCAAGCAGGAUCAGUAGAUUGUCAAAACAUUAUCAAAUAUGAUUAUCAUAACAAGAAAUACGAAAAGCUUGGCCAUGGCGUCGACGGUGAAGUCUAUGAUAUGACAUAUUCUUCUGACUUAGGAAGACUAUACUUGGCCGGUAACUUCACAAAGGCUCUGUUUGACGAAAGUUCUAGUGUAACAGUUGGUGGCUUAGUUGCCUGGGAUAUGGAAGACAAGACAUGGAAGAAUGAUAACGGUGUUGUUUUCUCAGAAUUAGUAAGCGGUGUUAGAAUCCAAGAUAAGAAUGUCUUAGCUUUCGGAGCAAUUGAUAGAGUUGCUCAAUUUUCUGGCAAUGGCGCAGCAGAAAUAUCUUCGGAUGGAUUCAACAGCGUUAGUGGUAUAAACGCACUUGGAAGUCAAGCCACAUCGACCUCAAAUUCACCAUCAAGGAAGCGAGCAACACCUAAAUUACCUUCAACUUCGUCAAUUGCACCUGCUAUAAAUGCAGGUAACUAUUACAAGAAUUCCACAAGCUUGUAUACCAUCUUAGGUGGUAACUUCACAUUUAACGACGGUGAUGCAAGUGGAAUUGUCUUGAUUGACGAGAACGACUACAUGCAUCCACUCAUAGAUGGGGGUGUAUCUGGAGAUGUACGUGCUAUGAUAGUAGUAGGUGACAAGCUCUUCAUGGGUGGUGAUUUCAAAGCGGGUGACUCAAACGAUGUUGCUGUUUACGAUCUGAAAAAGGGUGUCUAUCUCGAUAUUGGUAAUGGUAUAGAAGGCGUAGUUACAGAUUUUGCUUAUAAUCAACUCUACAAUAGCGUCAUUAUAUCUGGUGAUUUCAGAGCCGUUUCUGGCACUCAAGACUGUUCAAAUAUAUGUCAAUGGAGCGUCGGUGAAAGUCGUUGGAAUAGUCUUGGUAAAGGCGUAUCAGGGUUCGUUUCAGAUGUCGAAGUAGCUGGUGGUGACGACAAAUAUAUAAUCGCAGUUGGUGAAUUCUCUAUUAACGAGGAUGAUGAUUAUAUUUACAUUGCUACUUACGACAAUGAGGAGAAAGUUUGGUCAAUGUUAGGUGAUGGCGACCUACCUGGUUUACCAACAUCAGUUGAAACCGACGACAAAAACAUGAACAACAUAUUCAUAGCCGGAAGACGUACUGGUAGUAACGAAACUUAUGUUUACAACUACGAUGGCGAUACAUUCACCGAUAUCUCAGAUGGUAUGUUUGAGGGUACAGGUAAAAUCCAUCGUUUGCAAUUCUUGCCAGUUGAAGACGAAGACAGAGAUGAUAGCUCGCUCAUUGAAGAUGAUAGAGUGCUUUAUGCUACAGGUGAUAUCAAUCUCAAAGGCACUGGAAGAGUUUCUUCGGUUAUGUAUGAUGGCGUAAAAUGGUAUCCACAUCUCCAGACUUUCAAUUCAGAUGGCAGUCCAGGGUCGUUAUCUUCAAUGAUCUUUUCUUCCGAUUUUUCGUUCUCGAGAAGAGAUUUACUCGCACUUGGUAUUAUCAUUCUUAUCUCUAUCGCAUUAGGUUUAGGUGUUGUACUCCUUGUCGCGCUCAUUGCUAUACUCAUUUCACUCUGGGGGCGUCGCGGAGAGUCACGUCCAAUUCUACUCGAGGAUGACAAAGACGACGCAGACAAUGGCCGUCCAUCAUCAUUAUUGGAGAAUAUCAAUCAAGCUACUACUAAUAUAGCAAGAGGAUCGACUCCAAAUGGACAACCAACCCCUAUCAUUAAACUCAACGAUGGGGAACCGGAGAAAGGAAUGAAUGAGAAGACAUACAACGAUCUUGACAAUGAUAUGAGUGGCGCUGACGACAGUUUCGAGAGAUCAUAUUCAUCUAAUGAUGCAUCAUCCGAUAAUCCACCACAAAUACCAGCCAGUGAUCUAAACAAUGGUGUCGGAUAUAGAUGUUAUUCCAGAUAUAACUUCGCUGGUGAUAGACCUGGUGAAUUGAAACUUGAGGUCGGUCAACAAGUUCAAGUUUUGAAUGAUAGCGACCAAGAUUGGUUCUUCGUUAGAGAUCCCGCAUCCGCCCACGAAGGUGUUGUACCUUCUUCAUACUUGUUUUAACCAGCACAAGAAAGCAAAGUUAUUCAU